UUUAUGUAAAUGCCACGCGAGGUAUUUCAUCUCAAAAAUAGUGUACUGAACUAACUGAUGGAUUUUUUUGCAUUAACAUCUUAUGGGUUUUCAAGCCCCAUCAAAGAUAUGAUAAGACCUGACUACAUAGAACCGCAGGCUCCUCCGAAAAAUCCAUUAGAUGCCGAAACCAAAAUUAAACAAACCCUUUCAGAGAGAAUCAAAGAGCUUGAUUGUUAUCUUGGACAUGCAGAUGGAUAUUCCUAUAGAUCGUACGAAAGGCUUAGCAAAUCUAGGAGAAAAUAUGUUAUUAAACCUGACGGACCAAUAGAUAUGUAUAAUUAUCCAGGCACUACUCUUAUGCAGAUAGGUUGGUGGGUAACUGAUCCAAUCUUAAAAGAAAGUGACUGGCAAAAGACUAGAGAGUUCCAUCCACGUCCAAACUCUGAUUUAAGUCGAUAUAUCGAAAUAUGUAUGAAAAAGGACAAAGCUUUCAAGCCGUCUUCGUAGGAUAUUCCAGUUAUUUAUACAGGGUGUUUGAUUAAUAUUUCGAAAUAUUAAUUGCGAUUCCAACUCAUUGCUGAGUUAUAUAGAAUAAAUUUUGAUCUCAGAAUUCAACAGCUGAAAUAUUUUCAAUUAUUAAUGAAACUCUCUGUGAUGUACAAAAAUAAAGUCCAAAAAUGUAAUACAUUUUCGAAUAUA